AUGGACCAAUCAAACCAAACCCAAGUUUGCAAUUUCCCGUGGACCCAGCCCACAUCUGAUACUUCUCAGAUCUCGUCGAUACCGACGAAAAUAUGUUACCGGAAAGAUAUCCGGUCAUUUGGAACGAAGCAGAGGGAGGUUCGAUGGUGUAUGACCACGCCGGUACGGAAGCUGGAUCCGAUGAGGCCUUGCGAGAAUCAAAACUCAGUGGCCGAGUCGGAGGCGGUGGAUCUGGAGGGAUCGGUGGGAAUAAAAUAA